AUGCGAAUUGCUCAAGUAGCCCUGGAUGAAUUACAGGCAGAUCUCCGGAACAAGGUCUUUGUUUUCCCAACAGCAUCUACCACGGCUGUUGUGCUUCUCCACGUCUCUAACCAGCAACCCUUGACCAAGCUGACCGUCUGUUUGAGACACUACACCCUCCUGUCCCGGGCGUAUGGCCUCUUCUCUUACGCCACCCGGUCAAAUACCAAUGAUUUUCUGAUUUUGAAGAAUGAUUACAACGAAUAUUCCAUUUACGUUGGUGGUUUCUAUGUAAAUUUCAAGGUUCCUCAGAAGGUUGAACCGAGCUGGGAUCACAUCUGUGUGUCCUGGGACUCCAGCAAUGGGCUGGUCCGGUUCUGGCUCAACGGGAAACCUUUUCCUCGGCGGAGUCUGAAAAAGGGCUACAGCAUCAGCCAGGAGGCCUCCAUCAUGCUGGGGCAGGACCAGGACUCCUUCGGAGGGGGGUUUUAUCUCAACGAAUCCUUUGUGGGGGAGAUUUCAGAGGUCAACAUGUGGCCUCUUGUGCUGGGGCCAUCUUUGGUUAGAGUGUCCAAGAACAACAUUGACAUUGCUAACCCUCUGAUUAGCUGGAAGUCCCUGAGCUACACCAUCAAGAACGAGGUCUUUGUGGACGAUUUGCUGAGUCCCCAAGAGGAAUGCAUCUGUUGA